CCGAAACUGCUUGUCUCAUUGCAUCGCACAGACUAUAAGAUAGGCUAAAUAAACAAUAGUAGGUUUUUCACAUUUUGUUUAUUUUGCUCGAUUUUGUUUGCCUAACUCCACUGUAUGUACUGGUGGUAACGUCUGUGGCCACUUCCUGCAUCGUUACUUGUCAAAAUGGCCUUUAGGGUUACGAAUCACAAACCUGACAGUGUUGUCCAUUACCCAUUGGCGCUACUUUGUGGCACAUGUGGUAGUGGCUGCUCAUCAGCCUCGGUGUCAGUGGCCAACCUGUCCAGCGCAUGCCCCGACAGCUUCGUAUUGUGGCCGACAGCCAACGGAACAUUCAAAGUGAUUGUUCAGCUUGUACGCGGAAGAAAUGACCUCGUCCUGAAAUAUGACACAGCCUGUCAAACAUUUACGUUGUUCUUUAAGCCAGUGCUCCACCAGCAGUGCAAAUACAUCCGCCUCGUCUACAUUACGUGCCACGAUGCACCACAGCAGGGUUGCUUUCAAGGGCCUGAGGAGGAAGACUGCUCCAUCAAGAGUGCCUGCAAUCGCAUCAGCUUGGGAAUGCAAAUUCUACAGACGGCAAUGGCUGAAACUCUUGCAGCUGCCGGUGUGGGUCACAAAUCAUUUUUUCUUGAGUGCACGGAAGGUGGUGAGCCUGUGGUUCACAUCUUCAAAAGCAAGCUUCGCUACAGCGAGGCUCGUGUGAUGACGAGCGAGGACAUUUGGAGCUGCAUAGCAACGGAGUUGAUGAAUUCAGAACUCAGAGAUGGGGACCAUUGCAAGUUUGUGGCAUUCUUGUCCUGGACGCGCUAUCGAAGCGAUGCAGUCGAAGCGAGGACGCACAGUGAGGUUAUGAGUCGAGUGUCAGGCCACGUUAUGGUUGGUGCCGGAGGACUGGCUUUGUGUGGAACUGGUUGCCUCUACACUUGGGCGCAGAAUGUCGAAGAGCUUUCUUGGAGGUUGUACGACACGAGACAGGUGGAUCGCCUGCAUUUCAUGGAUGACAGUAACUACAGGGGCACGCUUUCAGCGUGCUACUCAAGCAGCUUAGGUGGUGUGUUACACGAGUUGGGUCACACCUUCGGUCUUGGCCACACACGUGAUGGCAUCAUGGGCCAUGGGUUCCAUGACAUCUGCCACAUCUACACAGUCUCCGUUGAUAAUGCAGAAACAGCUGGACUGAUGCAGGUUGCGAACAAUAUUUCUGCUCCGCCCGUGCAAUCGUCAGGAAGUGAAGACGUCGUCCACGAGAACCCACUUGAGCCGAGGAAAAUCCGCCUGACAACUCUUGAGCCGAAAGAGAAGCCUCGUGCAGCGCAACACCCUGAGCCCAAGAUCAUACCCUUCCGGAGCCAAAUGGUCGCGUUCUUGUGCCAUCAUCCUGAGCCAUCACCCGUGGCUGAAUGUCAGCAGGACAUCAAACGUUGCUGGCUCGAUUCAGCUCCACAAUGAACAGCGCUUGACAUCGCCACAUGGCAUUCGUCUCGUAGAAUUUCGGCAUGCUGAAGAUGCAAUGGUCCUAGACUAUUGGGAGUUCCCUGAAGGUGUCGAGGAAGUGUGCGUUGAGGCCAGCAAGCUGCACUUUCUGCAGUUGCCAGGAUCUGUGCCUCCUUUGGA